AUGCAUAUAUUAUGCGACCCUGGUUCUCUAGUCAGUCUAAUUUCCGAAAGUUUGGCUAAUAGUUUGGGUCUUUAUAGGAGCAAGUGUGAGAUCAUGGUGGAGGGCAUUGGCGCAGUUGCGUGUACGAGAAAAAAGGGUAGCGUCCGCUUUACAAUAAAAAGCAUAUUUUCUCAGUUUGAGCUAGACAUUCACGCAUUGGUCAUUGGUUCGCUUACUUCAGUUACCCCCGCGGUUAGCGUCGAUAUUGGUCAAUGGGGACAUUUGACAAAUUUUCAAUUGGCAGACCCAUAUUUCGGUACCCCGGGUAAUGUCGAUGUACUUCUUGGUGUUGAUGUCUGGGGUUCGAUCGUUGAGAAAGAUGUCAUACACGGUGGGUGUGACGAACCUCAUGCACAACUUACCCGACUUGGUUGGGUUGUAUUCGGACCAGCAUCAGUUCAGAGCACUUCGAAUGCAACAGUUGGAAUUUAUUGCGCGCAGAUUAGAGACCAACCUUAUUUAGAGGAACUUAUCGGCAAUUUUUGGAAGCUUGAAGAAGUACCCGUUACAUCUAAGUGCUUGGAUGAUGAAUGCGAGCGGUUCUUUGCCACUACUCACCGCCGUACGGCAGAGGGACGCUAUAUUGUGAGGUUGCCCCUCCGCCAAGACUGUCAAUCAUUAGGCGACUCUUACGUCAGCGCCCGGCGCCAGUUAUCACGUUUGGAACGACGUUUGACCGCUGAUCCGGACAUGCAUGCAAAAUAUGUAGCAUUUAUGAGCGAAUAUGAGACCCUUGGCCACAUGGAGAGAGUUCUUGAGCCAUUCGUUCAGCCAGGAUGCUAUUAUAUUCCGCACCAUGCUGUGGUGGGAAAAUUCCGCGUGGUAUUUAACACGUCCGCUCCUACUUCGAACGGGCUCUCACUCAACGAUUUACAGCUCGUUGGCUCUCCCAUUCAAGAUUCGUUAAUCAACAUUAUACUCCGUUUUCGACGUUAUGCGGUCGCUAUCACCGCCGAUGUGGAGAAAAUGUUUCGCCAGGUACUCGUGGCACCGCAAGAUAGAGACUUUCAGCGCAUACUUUGGCGUGAAUCUCCUUCAGAGGAAGUAAUUACUUACCGACUGCCUACUGUCACGUAUGGCAUGGCGUGCAGUCCUCAUAAUGCGGUAAGAGCUAUGCAUCAGUGUGCGUACAAUUUUGACAAGAUUCACGAUCGCAAUAUGGGCAUUAUGGCGCGGGACACCAUUCUCUCGUCAUUCUACGUGGAUGAUUUCCUUGUCAGUUGCAGCACCGUCGAAGGUGCUAUCACUUUGGUAUCCAAUAUCGAUAAUAUAUUGACAGCUGGAUGUUUUAAGCUGCGGAAGUGGAAUUCAAAUAGCGCCACUGUCUUAACUCAGAUGGGUAGAGACUCAUCACCUACAGAGUACAGUAUUGAUGCAGCCUUGACCUCAGUUUUGGGUCUGCGCUGGAGUCCGGUCGACGACACCUUGCUAUUCAAUGUGGAACUUAAGCAGCCGACGGCAUAUGCACCAAGCGCAGUAUAUUGA